GCAGGACCAGCACGGCCAGCACGGCCAGCAGGGGGCGCCGCCAUUCAACCCGGAGCUGUGGGUGCUGCCGCCAGACCACAACCCGCUCACCAAGCCAGCACUCGAAUUCGGACACGGCAGGACGCGGCAGGACACGGCAAGACGCCAUGCGACGCUGCCCCGCGACCUGAUCUGACGGAAGGACGGGACAAAUAGAAAGACACUGCGAGACUGCGCGGCAGGAGAGAGACAUGCGGGGACAGGCGCUGCUGCUGCUGCUGCCGCUGCUGGCCGAGGCGCACAUCCACGGCCACCCGCCGCUGGACGACGAGCCCCUCAUCAUCGUGGAGGACGCCGACGUGUGCUUCCGGCGGGUGCUGGCCGGCGGCCGCCUCCACGAGCAGCUCAUCCGGCGCUCCCUGCCGGCCGACCACGUGGACCGCUGCCAGCACGCGUGCAAGGUCGAGGACCACUUCACCUGCGAGGGGUUCAACUACCGCCCCAACGUGGGCAGCUGCGAGCUGACGGCGGUGCCGCUGUCACUGCUGGAGGCCAGCAGGGACUCGCGCGCGGACCGCGACUACGACUACUACGCCCGCGACCGCAACGCCCAGCCGCCGCACUGCCCCGCCGACGGCCUCAGCGGCCCCGGGCCCAUGUGGGGCCCCGGCUGGGGCGCCACGGGCACGGCCUGGGCGUCCUCGGGGACGCCGUCGGCGCCCUCCGCCUGGAGCGGCGGCAACAAUCUGGGCUCUGGGUACGCCCCCGGGUACGCCUCGGGGUACGCCUCGUCGGGGUACGCCCCCGGGUACGGGGGCGCGGCGGGCGCGGCGGGCCAGCAUAGCGAGGUGGGCUUCUACGGCGCCACGGCCUCCGGGAGUGGCGCUUCGGGCACGACGAACAGGAACGACUACGGCUACCACAGUAACGAGGUGGACUACCACGGCCACGGCAUCGCCAAGCCCGGCAAGCACAUGUACGACGGCUACGGGCUGCUCGGCGGCGCGCAGGGCGCCGGACAGAGCCCCGCCUGGGGCUACGGAGGUGGCUACGCGGGUGGGUACGCCGGUGGCUACGCCGGUGGCUACGCGGGCGGCUACGGCGGUGGUUACGGUUACGACCUGCCGCCCAGCUACAUCACGCCGCCCCCGCCCCCGGCCCCGCUGCCGCCCCCAGCGGGUGCACCGCCGCCCGUCGGACACCCACCUGUUGGCGACGGCUGCUUCGUCCGCGCGCACGGCGGCUUCCGCAUGUCGGAGCGCGUGGUGCGCACCACGCUGGCCGCCACCUCGCUGCCACACUGCGAGCGGAUGUGCACCGACUCCAGCCAGGUCCGCUGCAACGCCUUCACGUUCCGGUACAACUCGUGGCCGUACAACUGCGACCUGUCGGAGCUGCCGCUGUCCGAGGUGAACGCGUACGCCGAGCUGGUGCCCGACCGCAACGCGGACGUGUUCGGGCGCGCGCCCCGGUGCGCGCCUCCGCCGACCGACUGGGACCACGACGCAGAAUGCUUCGAGCGCGUGCGCUCCGGCCAGCGCCUCGCCCCCAACGCCGUCAAGGACCUGCUGCACGCGCACGGCCUCGGAGCGUGCCAGACGGCGUGCCUGUCCGCCAGCGCCUAUGUGUGCAGAGCCUUCACGUUCAGGUUCGGCCCCGCCGGCCCGGACGGCCCCCCGGAGAACUGCAUGCUGUCGGACUGGCCGUCCGACGAGAUCCUGCCCUGGAAGGACACGGCGCCAGAGCCCGGCACCGAGAUGUACCAGCGCUCCAGCUUCGGCCGCGGCUGCGAGCUGUGGCGGCGGGCGUGGCCGGGCAACGGCGCGGGCGGCGACGGCAGGCCCACCGUCAGGGACCAAUACCUGUGGGGCCGCGAGGAGCAGGCGGGCGUGUGGCGCCGCUUCUCCGUGUCGGGGCAGGCGUGCCGCAGCCUCUGCGCGCCGCACCCCGUGGGCUUCUGGUCCUGCGCCCUGGAGACGGGCGGCUGGGACUACUGCUGCCGGCCGGGCCACUCGUGCGGCUACUCCGAGGGCUACGACUACCCCUGGUGCUACGUCGGCUCCGCGGCGCUGGACCAGUGGCGGCCGUGCUCGGAGCGCUACAAACCGUACCCGGGCGCGGAGCAGGACGCCCGCUACUGGCCCGUGUCCUACCUGCACCCCGCGGGGCCCCCCAACGGCACCAACGCCGCCACCGGCUACGCCCCAGGGUCCCCCUCGCCGCCGAGGGGCGGUGCCGGUGGCAACGUCGGCAACGGGAGCGGUGGGUACGCGCCCCCGCCCUCGCCCACCACCACCACCACGCAGCGGCCCAAGGACCUGCAGUACCCCGCCGUGCCGCGCCACCGGCCGGGCUUCACGCCCGCCGACGACGGCGACGACUCCCGGCGGUGGAUGCCGUCGGUGCCCAACCUCCCCUCCAGGACCUCCAAGUUCAUCCUGGACCACCCCGAGUACUACAACUACGUGCGGCUCAACGGGCCGAGCGGCAACGGCACAGGGCGACACCCGCCGGCCUCGGGGGUGGGCAAGGACUGCACGACGUCCGCCUCCGCCUCCACGUCGCCGCCCAGCACCACCACGCCCGCGUCCAACAACAGCCACGACGUGGUGCUCAUCGGCGGCGACCAGAGCAACAAGGACGCCGUCGACGACGACGACGACUUCCUCAGCGCCGCGGCGGCCAUCGUGCGCACCAACACGCCGGCCUCGCCCACCAGCAAGAGCGCCAGGAUCGCCCUGGAGGCGACCACAGCCCUCACCCGGCCGCAGGACGACGACGAGGACAUCGAGCUGGAAGUGGUGGACGCCGUGGACAGCGCGGGCACCAUGGCGUCGCGCAACGGCACGCUGACCGUCAAGGCGCGCAGCGGGCACGCGGACGACGAGGAGGACGCCGAGGAGAGCGGACGCCUGGAGCGGGUCGCGCUGGUGGAGCGCGUGGACCCCAAGCUGGGGCUCAGCCUGGGGCAGGCGCCAAUGCACGCCGCGGCGCCGAGGAAGGCCAAGAUCACCGUGUUCAGGAGGGCGCGGAACGACGCCAAGGGCUAGGACGGAACCCUCGCGACACACAAUCCGUCAUUGCAGGAUUUUCUCCUUUCUGGCCCGACGGAAACAAAACCAACAAGAACAACAGCUUCGAAUACAUAAAUGAUCAGUUCCUCGCCAUUUCAGCGCGUGCGCGAAGAGAAGCCUGGUCGGCUCGUGAAUUCCGGGAAAUCCAUUAAUGCGCGGACUCUUGGCGUCCUCCAAGGCGUUCGUUAAGGCCUCGGCCUGCGCGAAUCCGGUGGCCGCCCUCCGCCCCACCUACCUGCACCGUGUUCCCGUCGGUCGCCGCGCGCCCGGAGGAGCGCGGCCCGAGGACGCCGGGCAAGCCAGGCAAGCCGGGCGCGGCGCUGACUAAAGUUUGGCCUUUGAAACAACUACACCCUCAGCAGGCCUAGGCCCCCUCAUCCAGUUGUUGGCCCGGUACCAACAGAGGCACGUGAGAACAAGGAGUACAAAGUGUCGCAGACCUGACGCGCGUGUAUGUGUGAGUGCGCGCGCGCAUGUGUGCGAGUGUGUGAGUGCAUGCGAGUGUGACAGUGUUUUGUUGAUUCCCCGGUGUGCUGCGCCGACACUUCCCUGUGAUUAUUAUAAUAACUUUACCUAGUUUAUAUUUUUUACGCAAAGUGGAGGAGGUAUGGGACAGAGCGGGAUGGAAAAAGAUAUUUUUUUAUUGCGUUGUUUUGUAGAACCUGCGUCCUGUUUGCCACGAUACGUACUAACCCCCAACGUGCAAAAACAAUGACCUCCCUCUCUCCUCGUGAUAUUAAUUAGAACACACCUGUAACAUACCGAUAUCGAUCCCGUGUGUAAACCGCACCCAUAGAUGAUUAAGUUCAAUGUAUUCUCCUAUUAAAA